GACCGAUCACUGUCAGCAGAACAAGAGGAAUGAUUGGAAACGGUUUCUACGGAGCGCCAGUGAAUAAAAGCGAGUCAGAGAGGGAAAGACGUGGAGCUAAUUUUGGGCUUUAUUUUGAAAGGAACAAGCGGAACCAGAUGGUGAUACUCCCCAACAUGAUUGACUCUGGGUGUCUUCCCCAGAGAAACGUCAGUAUUUACAUCUAUAUUUUCUGAAGGCAUUUCCGACACUCUCUGUUCGCUUCUGACAGGGAUUCCGCCCGUCGGUGCGACCUCUUCCGAUACACACAUUAAUAUUAUUAUUAUUAUUAUUAUUAUUAUUGUUUUUCUUCUUCUCCAUUUUCUCCCUCUCCCCUCCAUGCAAUGGUGGCGAGCUCCGUCCGUCUUUGUGUGAUUUGGAGCGGUUUCCUGUGAUGUUGCUGAGCGAUCCCCGUCUGCCGUGUGCACUGCAGUGGUGCGCAGCGUCGCCUGGAGAAACACCUGCGCGCCUCCGCUCUCCGCCGGGCGGCCUCGGCCACGCAUGCUGAGUAGAGAAGAGACAACCCUAGGCCAGGUGUCUGUCUGCAUUUGUCGGAGAGAGAGGCGCGAGGGAGUCGCGGAAACACUUCACGGCCCGACACCAUGCAAGCAGAAACCUACCCUCACCGCAGAGCGCUGAAAUGCUAGACCUGAAGAGCGAGAGCGUCACGUCCAAUCAGCAGACUGUUUACAUCGGAGGCGGCCACAAGAGCCGCUUGACACUAGACUCCAUAACAGCAAGCGUGUGGUUUAAGGCCCCCUUCAGUCACAAUCAAGAAAAGACGCAUUAACUGAUCCUUCAUCAGCACUUUGUACUUCUUUUGGGUUCAGCAGCCCAGUGGCGAGCUGAGAUGGAGUGGUCGCUGGAGAGCGUGAGGGAGAUGGUGGCUGGCGGGAUGCAGUCUGUGAGGGAAUGCGAGAUCUGUGCGUUCGCCAUAGCCAUGUGCGUGCUGCUGCUGUUCAUGUGGUACUGCUACAGAGUGGGCCGCGAGCACGGCACCAGCCCCUUGCGAGGGAGGUACCUGAGCGGGACCAGCCGGAUCGGAGGGGUCGUCGGGGGUUUCAUGAGCUCAGACUGUCGGGGCAGGGGCAAAGGGAAGCACGGGUCACUCCUGGAAGAGCAGAACGGCUUCGCCUUCUGCCAGUCGUCCGAGUGCUUCCGAUGCACCAGCGCCGGCGAGAGCCUGAACCAGAGGCUCUACCACAGCCUCCAAGAAUACGCCAAGCGCUACACCUGGUCCGGUAUGGGCCGCGUGCACAAAGGAGUCCGCGACCAAGGCCGGUACCUCAACAGCCGGCCAACUAUCCAGCGGCCUGAGGUCUUCUUCCUUCCCGACCUGCAUUCGGCACCGUUCUUCUCCAGAGAAGUGCAGAGACACGAUGUGGAGCUGCUAGAGCAGAGCUUCCCCGCCCUUCUGGCCGAGUUUGAGAGCAUCUAUCACCAACCCCCGGCCCGCAGCGGCUCUUCCCUCCCACCGGGCUGGAAGGCUAACAGCACUCCUCGCGGUCAAUGGUGGACUUACUACCUGGUGAACCAAGGCACCCCUUUGGUCCUCAACGUCAGGAGAUGUCCGCGCGCGUGGCGGGUGCUGGGUCAGCUGCGCACCUUCAUCGCCAACAAUGUCUUUGGAAAUGCCUGCUUCUCUGUGCUGACGCCCGGAGCUCUCAUUACGGAACAUUACGGUCCUACAAAUGUCAGGCUGCGCUGCCACCUGGGUCUCAGAGUGCCUCCAUCCUGUGAGCUCGUUGUUGGUGGAGAGCCACAGUGCUGGUCUGAGGGCAGCUGCCUGCUUUUUGACGACUCCUUCCUCCACAGGGCUUUCCAUGACGGCAACCCAGAGGAUGGCCCCAGGGUGGUGUUCAUGGUGGACCUGUGGCAUCCCAACGUGGCUGCUGCCGAGAGACAAGCUUUGGAUUACAUUUUUACCCCGGGCCGCUUAGAGGACAGGGAGGGGAAAUAGUUGCGAGUGAGAAACCAUUAUUUUUGAGUGAGAGACCGUUGGAGUUUAGUGUCUGUAUGAUUGGGGAGCGGUUCUUUCUCUGCCUAGAGACCAGCUUUUCAUGUUCACUGUGUACAUAUUCUCCGGCUCUCACAGUAUUACUCAUGACUCUACUCUGCAGAUAACCAGACAUUGGGCCUCUCUUAUCAACUGCCUUUUCACCUGUGGAGCCGUCAAGCAUCGUAGUAAAUCCGUAUGGUCUUAUUUUAUUGCCUACACGUAGAACACUUCACCCAAACCCUGUCAGUUUUAAACAUUUUAUCAUUUGGGUAACAUACUUAAGAGGUCUUGUUGUACCUAAAGUUUUCCUACACGUCGAUGAGUCAUUAGUGUUUAUUUCAAAGCUUCAUAUUUCCUUUAAGUUAUGCGUUAUCCUGUUUACACAGACUGGUUACUUUUUGAUCCGUAUGAACGGAUCGAAAAGUGGGUGUAAUUGUAAAUGAAAUUUGAAUUCAAGGGAUAUAUGUCUUCGAAACGAUGAAGCGCUUCAACAGAGGUGUCUGCUCCGCUGUUUAAAAGUCAAAGAGCAGAGUGAGCCCGAUAACGAGAAAGUACACACAUCUCAAAGGAAACAUUUUGAAAUGAUAAAAUGAUGUCAAACAGCCCAUUGCAAUGGUAACUCCUAGACGCGGCUUUUGGCAUCCGAGAUUUCUGUUUGUGUAAGGGUUGCAGCCAGGGAGCUUCAAGAGAAAAACCGAACAGAACUGUUGCAGAAUUACGGCAUGCAGAUGUUGUUUUUGUUUUAGGCAUUAACACAAAGUGAACAGGAUAUACCAGCUCUUCUCAAUUCCAGUCCUCAGGCCCGUCUGCUCUGCAUGUUUUAGAUGUGCCUCUAUUCCAGAACCGCUGAUUCAAA